UCCGGGUCCUCGGGGUGCUCAUCGCCCUGCCUGGUGAAAGAUGGCAUCCAGCCUGACUUGUACUGGAGUGAUUUGGGCUUUACUCUCCUUCCUCUGUGCAGCCGCCUCUUGUGUGGGGUUCUUCAUGCCUUACUGGCUCUGGGGCUCCCAGCUGGGCAAGCCCGUGUCCUUUGGCACCUUCCGGAGGUGCUCGUACCCUGUGCAUGACGAGAGCCGGCAGACGAUGGUGAUGGUCGAGGAGUGCGGGCGCUACGCCUCCUUCCAGGGCAUCCCCAGUGCUGAGUGGAGGAUCUGCACAGUCGUGACGGGCCUGGGCUGUGGCCUCCUCCUCCUGGUGGCACUUACCGCCCUCAUGGGUUGCUGUGUGUCCGAGCUCAUCUCCAGGACCGUGGGCAGAGUGGCUGGGGGAAUCCAGUUUCUGGGGGGCUUGUUGAUCGGUGCUGGCUGUGCUCUCUAUCCCCUGGGCUGGGACAGUGAAGAAGUCCGGCAGACAUGCGGCUACGUUUCUGGCCAGUUUGACCUGGGCAAGUGUGAAAUCGGCUGGGCCUUCUACUGCACGGGUACAGGUGCUGCGGCCGCCAUGUUGCUGUGCACGUGGCUGGCUUGCUUUUCGGGCAAGAAGCAGAAGCACUACCCAUACUGAGACAGAGCCACCAAGCGCAGACAGAGAAGACGAUGGGCCAGAGGGGCUGGAAGGCGCCGAAACGUGCAUCUACUUUCAGGAGGUGGAAUAGUGGGUUCCGAUCCGAUGCCAUGCUGACGGAAGGAAACCCGACAAAAUCAGGAACGCUGUGUAGGAGGGAAGCUUUGUGGGAUAUUGUCAAACAUGGAGAGGAUGGAAUGAUGAAGAAAAAUGGACCAAAGGCUCAAACUAUUGCAGGGCAUCGGGUGUUUCUAUUCCACAGAGUGUUGUUAAUAUAUAAUACACACACACACACACACACACACAUACACACCCAGAUCUGUAUAUGCAAAUAAGGGUUUGUUCUUGUUUCUUUUUUUUUUUUUUAAGUGAGGGCCAGGAAAUCAAAAGGGCUAGUAGAAUCAGUGUUAUGUUGGCAAGCAGGGCACCCCGCAGACUGUCCCUGUAGGUCAUGGCCCUCUUGAAAGCACACGAGCAUAUAUAGACAUAGCCAUUCACACACACACCCAUGCACAGACAUGCGGAUUGUCACACAGACUGUAUAGGAGGUUUAGUGGUGCAUCGCUCCUCUGUUUUGUUUUGUUUUUUUACUAUCCAUUAAAUACAAUAUUAUCACUUAUAAAGCAUACAUUAAACCUAGCAAAUGGACCAAUAAGCCACUGUAUCAGUAUUUUGUAUAUCCUGCAUAAACACUACACCCUCGACAUGUUUUCAGUGUUUAUGCAGGCCUUUAGCAUUAAGCAUUUGUAUUUCAAUGUUAUUCAAAGAUAUGCAAUAUUUCUCUGAGUAGUGUCUGCAAUGAUAUUAUUAUGAAGUUAAGGGGCAACUUUCUGCCCACCAUAGGAGAGAAUUCAGCUGAAGACAAGAGAGUAAUGAGAGACAUUUUCCAGUCAUUGGAUCUUGUUUUCUUUUGUUCAUUAUUGUACUGUGCUGUACCCCAUUUAUUUCAAUAUUCAUUUUGUAAGAAAAUUAAAAAGUGCUAUUUUGUUUGUAUCUGAAAAGCUCGGUGAAUAAAUUCUUUCUUUGAGCAAUA